CGGCAUUUUAGGGUUUCCAAUUUGCCGCUCAUCGAAAGAAGUCUUCUUCGAUCUCCGCUAGGGUUUUCCAUCGUAAUCGUUUCUUCCUUGUGUUUUCUCAAAUCCCAACUGCUUCUCUCUUCUACUUUCAAGUUUUCGCCGAAUCCUUCCCAUAAUAGACCCAGAUGUCUCGUUGCUUUCCUUACCCACCUCCUGGUUACGCGAGGAAGGUGGCUAGGACCGAGGCGGCCUUGAUCGAAUCGAUUAAGCUCCUAUCUGAAAGACGAGAAAAAGGGACUGAAAGAAAGAAAGAGAAAAGUAAGCACAAGAAAGAGAAGAGUAAGGACAAGAAACACAAAAGCAAAGAGCAUAGAGAUAAAUCUUCUCGCAGCCGCCGCGACUCGACUGAUCAGAAACAGAAGGAAGUCAAGGACCUUCUGCAGGGAACAAAAGUUGAAGCAGAACAAUUGGAAAAGAGUGGUCUCACUGAAGAGCAUGGGCAACCAGUAUGGCCUCAAAGUCCUGGCUACUUGUCUGAUGGAACUCAGUCCAAUCACAAAAGAAAAAGGGGUGCAUCGUUACAGCCUAAUGAAGACUGUAAGCCUGGAAAAGUCAUCCGAAUCAAACUGGCUUCUUCACUUAGCCAACAAGAGGAUUCAUCAGCUGGCAGUGAACAGACGUGUUCUACAACUGGUCGUCGUAAUUCUCUUCAUCAAACGAGAGAUGAGAACAGCAGCCGUGUGCCCAUUGUGCAAAAAACUUCCUUCACUUCUCUUGAUCAAAAGAGGGUUGAGAACAGCAGCCGUGUGCCCAUUGUGCAAAAAACUUCCCUCACUUCUCUUGAUCAAAAGAGAGAUGAGAACAGCCGCAGUAGGCCCAUUGUGCAAAAAACUUCCCUCACAAUCGCCGACACAGCAGUCGCUGUCCAGGAUCCAAUUUCGGAACCUAAUAUCAAAGACCUUCCUUUGCAUGCUGUUGACAUUGGUAGUACUCAUCGCAAGAGAAAGCCUUCUGAAUCUGCUUAUGAGGACUUGUUUGACAAAUGGGUACCGCCAACGCUUCAGUUGGGGCAGCAAACGGUCGAUGAAGAAUGGCUCUUCGGAACCAAAAAGCAGGAUGAAAGAACAAAGACCAACCAAGCUUUCAGUCAUGCUCCCAUCUGUAGAAGGUCCAGUCUGUGGCCGAGAGGACAGUUUGUACCUGAAGCUGACGUUUAUCUGUUGCCUUAUACGAUUCCAUUUUGAUAUUGAAUUCUUUAGUAGUGUGAAAUAUGUACAGUACGCCUGGUGGAACAAUCUUUUUCCUGGGCGUUAUAAUUGUUUUAGAAUCAAUAUGAUUGACAGUCAAUUUUGUUC